AUGGCCUCCAGUUCUAAUAUUGGUGCUUCAAAUUCUAGCGAUGAUGAAGCAUGGGAACAAAGCGUUGCCGAACAUAAUCGCCAACUUGAUCGCAUCAUUGAGAAUGUGGUAAUCCAGGCCGCAAGUUUAUCUGUACAACCUACCAAUCAUGCCGUUAGAGCAAGGAGGCGGUAUAUUGAAAGAAGACGUGAGAUAGGUCAUGAAGGUGUGUUCGAGCAGUACUUUGCAGAACAUCCAAUCUAUCCCCCAGAAUAUUUUCGAACAAGGUUUCGCAUGCGAAAGCCUUUGUUCGAACGUAUAAUGAACAAGCUCGUCGCCACCGAUAGAUAUUUUCAACAACACCCUGAUGCAGCUGGCCGUCUUGGUAUGUCUCCAAUUCAAAAAUGUACUGCAGCCAUGAGGGUGUUGGCAUAUGGCACUUCGGCCGAUUUGCAUGACGAAUACUUACGAAUGAGUGCCCAAGUCAUUCGUAAAUCAGUUAUCAAAUUUGUUGAAGGUGUCAUUUCCAAUUUCGGAGCUGAGUACCUCCGAAAGCCUACUGAAUAA